AUGCCCUUCUGGCUUCGCCACCUCUCCCGUUCGCCACCUCUCCCGUUCGCCACCUCUCCCGUUCGCCACCUCUCCCGUUCGCCUCCUCUCCCGUUCGCCAUCUCUCCCGUUCGCCAUCUCUCCCGUUCGCCACCUCUCCCGUUCGCCACCUCUCCUGUUCGCCACCUCUCCCGUUCCCCUCCUCCCCCGUUCCCCUCCUCCCCCGUUCCCCUCCUCCCCCGUUCCCCUCCUCCCCCGUUCCCCUUCUCCCCCGUUCCCCUUCUUCCCCGUUCCUCUCCACACGGAGCAGCCUCCCUGCGCACGGAGCAGCCUCCCUGCGCACGGAGCAGGCGGGCGGGCAGUUGGGCACAGCAAGAUGCGCAUCUCCCCUGCCGGCCUGCCCCACUGCGUUCCUCCCUGCGCACUCGCAGCCGGGAAGGCAUCUCCUCGCUGGCCACGGGAAGGCAUCUCCUCGCUGCCCACGGGAAGGCAUCUCCUCGCUGGCCACGGGAAGGCAUCUCCUCGCUGGCCACGGGAAGGCAUCUCCUCGCUGCCCACGGGAAGGCAUCUCCUCUGUGGCCCGCCUCAAAGGUCCUCUCCCCUGGGACAGCUUUUCAGGCGCCUCAAAGGGGAGCGAACGAGGAUGGGCAGCUGGGCACGGGCGCACUGGCGCACUCAGCAGCGCUGCAGCUGGUGCCGGCGCUGGCAGGGGCGGACGUGGUGCAGCUGGUGGGUGGCAGCAGGAACUCCCUCGCCCUCACACAGGAUGGCCGGGUCCAAAACGUUCUUCCCCUCUUCCUUACCCCAUGUGCCGUCUGCACAGCACCAAUGCCUGUGCUGCUCUCGAACCAGCACGCAUCAAGCCUCCUCUUUCCAUCCUCGCCUUGGUGUUUGUGGGGAUGGAACCAGCACUACACAACUCACACCCUUCCUCCUAUUCCCCUCCUCUCCCCACCGCCCCUCUCCUUCCCAGCGUCCGCUACCCACCAGGUGUUCCUGUGGGGGUGGAAUCAGCGCAGCACGUUGGGCCAUCCACCCGCCCCGGCCGCCCCGCGAGAAGCCGUCCCCUGCCAGGUGGAGUCGCUUAAAGACGAGAAGAUCGUGCAGGCAGCCGUUGGAGGAUGGCACUGUCUAGCCGUGAACGAGAAGGGGACUGCUUUCUCUUGGGGCGGCAACGAGUAUGGGCAAUGCGCAGCCAAGGUAGCAGACAAGCUGCACGGCAACAAGCUGAGCGCCCGCGACAUCCUCUCGCCCUUCCCCUGCGUGCCCCAGCUGCGCGUCAAACAGGUGGCGGCGGGCGGCACGCACUCCGUGGUGCUCACGAGGGAGGGCGAGGUGUGGGUGUGGGGACAGCCCUGGCCGCCCGCUGACGCGAAGCACGUGUGGGUGCCGGCCAGAGUACCCGGGCUGAAGGGCGUGAGCAGCAUAGUGGUGGGCGCGUUUCACAACGUGGCGCUAAGGGGGGACGGCCGUGUGGUGGCGUGGGGAAUUCUGUCCAAGCAGGUGUGGGUGCCAGCAAAAGUACCCGGGCUGAAGGGCGUGCGGAGCAUAGCGGUGGGCGCGUUCCACAACUUGGCAUUAAAGGGGGACGGGCGAGUGGUGGCGUGGGGCAGCAACGAGUAUGGGCAGCUGGGCACGGGGGACACGCAGCCGCGCUCGCUGCCUGUGGACCUGCCUCAACUCACCCACGCUCAUGUGGUGCGUGCUGCUUGCAUGCUGUCACGACACCUGCGCGCAAUCUGCUUGCACCCUCACCCUCAUUCCUCACCAGCUCCGGGGGGGCCUCAAGACCCCGUUCACCACUUCCUGCAUGCUGUGCUCCCCCCGUGUCCACCCUCAAGUGCUCAAGUGGUGUGGGCAUGGGGAAGAGGGGAGCACGGGCGGAUGGGGUUCGGCGAGGACAAGACAAUCAAAGCCGUACCAACGGUGGUGACGCUGCUGGCGGGAGAAACAGUGGUGCAGGCCUCGUGUGGUGGCACACACUCCCUCGUUGUCACGCUUGAUGGGCGAAUGUUCACUUUUGGCAGAGUGGACGAUGGCAGGCUCGGGCCAGCAGGCUCGGUAACAACAGGCGACCUGGUCAGAGUUCCUCUCCCAGGGGACCCCGAUGCUACCUUCCAUCCGGAUGACCAUCCGAACCUGCAUAGAAGGCUCGGCAGCAUCAGCCGCUCCCUCAGCAACUCCUCUGAGCAGCCAAGAAGCCGAUGGCGGGCGGCGUUUGCGGUGUGCGGUGGUCGACAUAAUUUGGCAUUAUUGUGUCCGGAGGAGGAUUUGAGUGAGGUGAGCUGCCAUUUGCCAUGGCAUAAGGCACAAAAGGAGAGAGAGGGGAAAAAAGCGCAAGAGGGGCAGGUGCAAGGGGCAGGGGGGGCGGAGGCAGCAAGCAAGGCAGGGACAAGUGGAUCGGACGCAGGAGACGGCAGCACACAGCAGGGUGGAAGCAACGGUGAUGGAGAGCGUGCAGAGGGUGCUGCGUCCAUAGAUGGUAAUGACACGUAG